CACACGGGGCCCAAAAUGGCGGCCAGCCGGUACCGGCGUUUUCUUAAGCUCUGUGAGGAAUGGCCAGUGGACGAGACCAAACGGGGCCGGGACUUGGGCGCUUACCUGCGACAGCGGGUAGCACAGGCCUUUCGGGAGGGAGAGAAUACCCAGGUUGCAGAGCCUGAGGCCUGUGAUCAGAUGUACGAGAGCUUAGCGCGACUCCAUUCAAACUACUACAAACACAAGUACCCUCGCCCCAGAGACACCAGCUUCAGUGGCCUGUCGUUGGAAGAGUACAAGCUGAUCCUGUCCACAGACACCUUGGAAGAGCUUAAGGAAAUGGAUAAAAGCCUGAGCUCAGGCCUUACCUCGCCCACGUAUCUAGGUGUGGAGUCUUGUACAUUGCCAUCGUCAAUAAAACUGCCCCAGUUUCCCCAUGACCUUAUGGUUUGGGAAUCUCCUCUAGCCUUCCCAGAAAGGAAGGCUCUAAAGAAAGUUUCAGCCUCAGAAGGGAUGGUGAUUGGGCUGUCUGCUGUCACUGCUGCUCAGGGGAGGGAAAUCUCCUGGGGAGAGGAAAUGCAGGUUUCCCUCUGGGCCUGACAAGGGAAGGUAAUGGGGCCUCCGCACAAGGUGCUUCCUGCAGGACCACAGGAGCCCUCGCCCCUCCAGCAGGGGUCUGGUGCCUCCUGGCAAGAUACUCGGGCUCCCUUUUGUUGUAGGAGCUCCUGGGAGGAAGCCAAAAAUAGCAGUGAAUACUGAAAAGGGCAUCCUGUUGCAAACAGAAAGCAUCAGGGAAGUGUGAGGCCCAGAGAGGCAAAAAGCCUGCUUGGCCCUCAUCCCCACUGACUCAGAGGACGAACCUCAGGCCUCUGUCCCUGACCUUGCAAAAACCCACACUGCCCAGUUGGCUUAAGGGACAGGGAAGCUAUAGACAGGCCUUGGCCAGGCGGGGCCUCAGCUGCAGUUGGCUUCAGCAUUGUGGGCAGGUUCUGUAGGUGGCCACAAGUCAGAGGCCCUGCUGGCUGAGGACACACACAGGGUCACCUCAUUAUUCCAUGGAACUUUGGCUCUUACUGAUAGACACAUUCACUUUCCUAGUUGAGCAUUCUUCUGUCUGGAACCGUGAGGGACCAGGCUGGGCCCACAGCGCCCCUGGUGGGUACAAACUAGAAGUGGGUUCUCAACCUCGUCUGUGUCUAGACUCCUCAGGAUGUUCUGAAAUGCAUAAAAUAAAAUCGACAGGACUGCAGUAGAAACUAGUUAUGCCUAAAUGCAGUUCUGGGUAGGGAGAUCUCAGGGGAGGACCCGAGACACGAUGUCACUCAGUGCAUCUCCCGAGAGCCUGAGGAGAGGCCAGGCCAGCAGGGAGGGACUCUUGUUCCUGUCUUCUGCCAGUGUGUCCUGUUAAUCCCCACAGCCCCCAAGGGAGUGCAGGAAACACAACCCUUUUUAACGGACUAGACUUCUAUUAAUUUAUUUAAGGCAAUUAACAUAUUAGUUCUCAGGCCAAAGGAUUUGUAAAACAUUACACCAAAAGGAGAAAAACAAGCGGUCAUGAAACAGCCAUGCGAACGCCGCUCAGCCCUUGUUUGCCUGGGCAUACAACUCUCCCCCAGGAAGCCUGGGAAGAGGCAGGUCCCAGGAGCAAGAUCGUCCAUCAUGGAGUCAUCAGGCCACCUACAGCCAUGCCAGGGUGGCAUGGACACGACAGUGAGGUCUGCACUGGCUACAGCAGAUCUGAGGCACGGAGGGAGCUGUACAGCCAUGGGCAGGGCUGAGCACAGCACCCUUGGAAUAAGUUAAAUAACAAAGCCCUAAAAUCACUAGUAACAGCAUUACUGCCACCUCCCCCAGAGGCUGGCAGCAGCCAAAAUGUAGUGCUUGGAGAUAAAGGGGUGACCCCACUUUUAACUACCCAUGAGGAGGACUACAAAGAGUUGUCAGUUAUUGCUUUAAGGGACAAAGGUCUCUAGGUAGGAUUUGUCUUCUGCUAAGGCAUUAAGGUAAACUGAGUCCCAGUGAACUUUCAAGUCUUUUUUUUUUUAAGGGCUCUAAGCAGGUCUGUGAGCUCUGAGGCUCCCCCUCCAUGCUGUUGAAAGCGUGGGUGGGUGUCGGGGUGUCUGGCAGAGUGGGAGUGGAGGCUGGCCAGCUGGCUGGGCCACCCAACCCGGGGGAGGGGGCAGUGUUCUUCACAAUCGCAGUCUCCAGUGAUGAGCAUCCCCUGUUGGGGCCUUCAGUGGCUCUUCUCAGCGGCUCAUGCAGUUCUGGACAUCCACAAAGCCUAGGCGUUGCCUGCGUUUCCGCUGCUCUGUCAUCUAGGGUUAAGCAGAUGCCAACAGGCCCGGUCAGGCCUCCUGGCACCUUCUCUCCAUGGGUGCUGUGGAAGGGCUUGGCGCCCGUCUUCCUCUGUGGGCCCAGCUGCUAUUCAGCACUGGCGGUGGGCCAGGGCCCCUCGGGGUACUUUAAGGAUGUCGAUGUCAGCACCAAACCCUUGUUCUCAAUUAGCGUGUCACAAACCCCGGAUCUGAUGCAGCUGGGAAACCAGCCCACUAACAGGCUGCCUCAUCUUCAUGCAGGCACUGCCAGAUGCAGAGGAGGAUGUCUAGGCAAGAGGGCCUUAAACUCAGGAAUCCCCUCAAAAGACCUGCCUGGCAGCUGCAAGAGGAAGGGGAUGAGAGACAGAGGGCCCCACCACCCUGUACUAAGUUUCCACUUGGCCUUGUCUUUAACGGCCCAAGGCAGGGGUUGUCAACCCCAGUCUGACUUGCCAUGUAGGGGAGAGUGGGUUUGGAACCUACCCUCUCAUCCAGGGCCAGAGGCCAGUGGGGAAGAGGGUGGGGCAGGAAGGAUGAAGGCAGGCAGGGGCUGCCCAGGGAUAGAGCCCAGGGUGGGCCUGGGAUCAAGCAGGGUGCAUACCUGCUCCUUGAGCUCGUUGAGCUGGGCAGUGAGGUGGGACACCAGCUUCAUGGUGGAGUUGAGCUUGUCCUGGAGAAUCCGAAUCUCAUUCUGCUCCCCCUCGCCCUCGUUGCUGACAAGGGACAUGGCCCGCAUCCGGGGGAACCAGUCCAGGUUCUUGUUCUGAAAAACAUCACCAGUGGGUGAGCAGGCAUGGGCCCAGCCCAGAAAGGCCUCAUUUAGAGUAAUGUGGGGGGAGGCUUCUGCCACACCCUUGACAAAAUUACUCGUCAGGGAUGUGUCAUGGGAAAAUCUGAAUUGACCUGGUCCUCCCUGGGGCCAGAGUGAGCUGGCAGUCAACCCUCUGUCAACCCUCUGCCACCGAGACAGGCUGACUUCCGUUAGACAGCGUCGGCAGCUGAGUUUGAGUCCUUCGCUGGUAUCAGCACCAUCUGUUUACUCUCAUAACACCCCCUGAGAGGUGGAGGAAGGCCUCUGCACCCAGACAGACCCUGAAUCUCCUUCCUUCCUUCCUCCUGCCCGCCUGCCUGACAAGCACGCCCCACGCCCCGGGAAGACACAAGUUAGACAGAUGGCAAACGGAGGGAGCGGGAGGCUCCGCUGAGGAAAGCUGGCAUCUGACACGUGUCUGGGAGGCAAAGCCACGUUUCCCAGGACAGAGGAGUGGGGAGGGAGGGGCACUAAGCAGUUCUCGGCUUCCUUGUGAGCUGUGAAUCUCAGACCAGCAGAUAAACCUGUACACAAAGAUCAGCUCGAAAUACAGACUUAAACGACAAA